GAAAGAUCUGAGCCGUCCAUCUUCAUUACGCUGUAGAUUCUACUCCAUUUCGGCAUUUCAAACAGCACGAAUUAUUUUACGGGUCCAAAAGGCGCUUCACUUUCGUUUUUUGAACUCGAAAAGAAAUAUUUUGGUGAUCAAAAUCAGGAAAAUUUCCCUCGGAUUGCACGAAAUUCGAGAUUCGCGCUCUAAUUUCUCUGUACCAGCGCAUACAGAUCACUUGUAUGCAUGCGUCCCUGCACAAGCAGCUGUCUUCGUGCUCUCUGUCGCCCGCUUCGAUCUUAGCUGAGAGUGAGGACUCUGAGGUUCAAUUGGGGUUAAUUUAGUUCGUUGAGCUGAUAAUUCUGGUGUGUCUUCGAGAAAUUUUUGGUCUUGGGAGAAUUUAUUUGGUGGGUGUGGUACUUAGCUGUCGAUGCGGAUUCUAGGGUUUGGUUGUUCGCAAUCUGCUUUGGGAAUAGGAAUUGAAUGUAGGCUGUGUUUGAUUUUGCAUGGAAGUCCUGACUGAAGUGGAAAGCUCGGUGCUUUAAUUUAGUUUCUUAAUAAAGUUUCGUUAUUUCCCCCAUUUUUUUGGGUGUGGUGUAAAUUUAGGGCUCUGAAUGCUGUAUAUGUGCAUAGAUUGAAGAGGUAGGAGAAAAAAAAACGUCUUGAAGUAUCUGUGUUGUUUGUUGUUUGUAAGAGUAGAAUAAUUGUUGACUGAAAUUGAAGGUGGUAGGAAAGAAAAAUGUUUUACUCACAGUUCAUAUUAGCGAAAAAGGGGCCGCUGGGAACGAUUUGGAUAGCUGCGCACUUGGAGCGUAAGCUUCGUAAGAAUCAGGUUGCUGAUACUGAUAUUGGAGUUUCUGUGGAUUCAAUUCUUUUCCCCGACGUGCCGAUUGCACUUCGUUUGUCCAGCCAUCUCCUGCUUGGUGUGGUGAGGAUCUACAAUAAAAAGGUGAACUACCUCUUUGAUGAUUGCAGUGAGGCUUUGCUCAAAGUCAAGCAAGCUUUUCGCUCUACUGCUGUCGAUCUACCUCCAGAAGAAUCAAAAGCACCAUAUCACUCCAUCACCUUACCAGAGAAGUUCGAUCUUGAUGACUUUGAGCUGCCAGAUAGCGACAUUUUCCAAGGUAACUAUGUCGAUCAUCACAUUAGUUCGAGAGAGCAAAUCACUCUUCAAGAUACAAUGGAGGGUGUCAGUUACUCCACAUCAAAGUUCGGGCUGGACGAAAGAUUUGGUGAUGGUGAUAUGUCUGGAUUGGACCUAGAAGAGGAACUGUUUAGGGAGAAACUUGGUACUGAAGAACAUGCUGAUGAGGGGGCAGAUCCCCAGACAUCUUUUGGAUCAACAUCGACUCUCAAGCAAGAUCAACAUCCUGAAGAUUUGGGUACUAAUUCAGAAGCCAUGGUUGAUGGUGAUGAUGAAUGCGCUGACAUAAUGGACUAUGCACAGGCUCCUUGUACUCCUGGACUGGAGGAUGAGCCGAAUUUUUCCAAAGUCCAAGCUUCUGCAUGUGAUGAUCAUCUUGAAUCGGAAUAUCUUAUAACUGGGUCCAAUACGAGGGAGAACAUGGACAGACCUCCUUAUGAGGAUAAACAAGAGGUGGACUGGUGUUCGCAGAAUGAUACGACUAUCAAUGCAGUACCUCAGGGGCCACCUGAUGAGAAUGGGUACCUGUCAGGUGGAUUGGAAGUCAAGGAAUCAGAGCCACAAGGUCAAGUUGAAUUCAUAAAUCCGGCUCCAGAAUGCACUAGUGAGAUCGUUAAAGAAUCUGAUGCUCCAGACCAAGCUGAAGCUGUCAACAAUGAAGAUAAGAAUGAUUUAGUCUCAAUUGAUGAAGUUGGUUUGGAAGCUUCUGAAGUUGCAUCAGCAAAAAAUGUACCCCUUGAUGUUGAAGUUCCUUCAGGCGAUCAGCAAAAAUCAUGUCACGAUGUAGCAGAGUUAGCUUCAGAAGACCAGAAUGUACUUAUUUUUGGGGAACCAGGAACUCAAGUUUGUCAGGGCACUGUAGAAUCCAGUGCAUUAAACCUUGAUGCUCAUGACCAAGCGGCAGCUCCUGAAACUGUCCAGGACCAAGGUGAUACAUUAAAACCUGCAGUUAGCCCUACAUAUGGUGAUGUCAAAUCUGAUAUCUAUAUUGAAACAACUGAUGGAGGAGAAGAGACAGCAAAGCUAGGUCAAGUGCAUUCUUUAAAUGGUAACUUGGAACAAAAUGUGAAUGAAAACAAAACACAACAUGAUGCAUCGAGUGAAGAUAUUCUGGUGGCUGCUGUUGAAGCCGAUGGUCUGGCACGUGCUACCUCUGAGCUGCCUGCUCCUGAAAAGCUUCUUUCGGUACCAGAAGGCCAUAUAAAUUUACAUAGUGGCAUGAUGAUGGAAGUUAGCCCUGGGGACUUUGAGGGUCUUGAUGAAGGUGAUGCCGGGAGCAAAACUGCUGCGGGCAGAAAGCGUACUUUUACUGAAAGUACACUAACGGAACAAAGUCUCAAUUCAGUUGAAUCUUCAAGAGAAGUCCGCAUCAAAAGAACGACAGGAUCAGUUCCGGAUGAUGAUGAUUUACUAUCUUCUAUUUUAGUUGGAAGGAAAUCAUCAAUUUUGAGAGUAAAGCCAACACCUCCUCCUUCUGAAGUGACAUCUAUGAAGCGCCACCGCACUGCUCCUCGGUCUGGUGCUCCAAAAAGAAAAGUUCUUAUGGAUGAUACAAUGGUUUUGCACGGCGAUGCUAUACGUCAACAGCUGACUAACGCAGGAGACAUACGCCGUGUUAGAAAGAAAGCACCAUGCACACUCUCUGAAAUUUCAAUGAUACGGAAACAACACAUGGGAGAUGAAACUUUUCUUGAGCCUGUAUUUACUGGCAUGUCAGUUGAAUUGGCAUCUUUGCACAGUUGUGUAUAUGAUUUGGGUCGAAUCAAGGUCUGCCAAAAUGAAGUACAUGAUGCCUGUCUGCAAACCGUGAUUGAACUGGGGCAGCCUUCCCAAAAUGAUGACAAUGGUAAUCUCCCUGAAACUGUGGUGGAAUUUCAUCCAACUUCCCCUGCUAUCAGAAGCCACGAUAUGGAUGACCAUGAGGGGCCUGGUAAGACCAAUGCAAUAGAAGUUGGUGGGCAGGAUUUAAACAAUGAGUUUUUGACAGUGAGAGAGAAUGAAACAGCUGAGCCAUGUGAGAAUCAUCUUCCAAAUGAAAAUAAGAUAGAGGAAGUUGAUUACACGAGUGUACCAGUCAAUGAAGAGUGGACCAAGCCGACAACUGAUGUGGGUACAGAUGAUUUACAUAAGGAGCAUAUGCUGGAUGCCGCUCUAAUAGAUUCUGGUGCUACUAGUGAUAUGCUUCAAUCUGAAGGUACAAAUGCAUAUGCGGAGAAAGAUUCAGCUGUUGUUCUUGAUCAGAGGGAAGCUGUGCCCUCAGCUGAAUUGGACUUUGCAGAAGUUGAUCACGAACAAGCAAUGGGGAAUGAAGGGAAAGAUAAAGAUGGCUAUGGGAGCGAGAGUGAAACUGUACUUAGAGAGAAGGAUUAUAUUCUACCAGAGAUGACACAAGAUCCUGCUGCUGAGCUGAUACCUGGUGCUGACCAUGGAGGGUCGGAAUACCAUGUUCAGGAUGAAUAUGGUACUACAUCUAAAGAGCAGCUAGACUUGGAAUUUCCAUGCACAGGAUUUGAAAGCAUGCUGGAAGGUGGGUCAAUGAAUAAAUAUGAAGACACUGGCCAUCCCGAAGCUUAUCAGCUUCAUAUGAUGGAUGGAGAAAUUUCCGGUUUUGACCUACACGAUCGAGAUGAACUCAAUUAUUUGCCCGAAGGAAAUGAUACAGAGUUUCUAAAUGUUGAUGACGAUGACUUGGUUGACAUGGAUGAUGACUAUAUGCCCGAUGCUGAAGACACACGACAUAAUGAGAACACCGGGUGGUCUUCUCGUACAAGAGCGGUUUCCAAGUAUCUACAAUCUGCAUUUCUUAAAGAGGCAGAGUGUGGAAGGAAUGCUCUCUCCUUGGACAACCUCUUAAUUGGCAAGUCACGCAAGGAAGCAUCGAGGAUGUUUUUUGAAACACUGGUCCUGAAAACAAGAGACUACAUCCAUGUGGAAGAGCGGAUUCCAUUUGGCGAUAUCACCAUAAGACCACGAACGAGGCUGAUAAAAUCCGACUUCUAAACCACAUCUGUGCUGGAAAGUUUCAGAAACAUAAUCAGGAAUGCACAUGAGCUCAGCCUCUGCUCUCUCUCUCUCUCCUCUGUUUCUCUCUCUGAUUUAUUUGUGGAAACUAGAUUCAUUUUUUCCAUGUGAUGCUCUCAAGGAUGGUUAGCUGGCUAAUUAGGUUGUUGUUGCAUGUAACUGUUCAACUCAGUAGAUUGUUUUACCCAAUCAUACUAUAUUUUGUAUCAUAUAUUUAUAUGUAUAUAUUUAUAUAUCUUGUAAUAUCAAAGUUUUUGCAGCAAUUAAGGUUGCUUUUCGAUGGUUC